AUGUACUCUCAAGAGGAUCAUAUAUUUCAGCUGUGUAGCACCGAUUUAUGUGUCAGUUAUGUUCCAGUUAUAAAUCAAAGUGUUCUGGUAACACACAUAGUUAAUUAUGAGGACUAUCUGCAGAUGCAGGCUUCUCCACUUCAAACGAGUCAACCAACUCCAACUGAAGAACUUCAUACAGUUGGCUAUGUGUUUACAAAUGAUGGGCAACAAACAAGGAGUGAUGAAGUAAAUCAGGUUGCAACAGGGCAUCAAAGCAAAAAGAAACGUUCGAGAAAAUCCAAGAGACACUCUUCAUCUAAGAGAAGGAAGAGUACGUCAUGGUGGUUAAACAAACAGGAAGAUGCUUCAGUCACUCACAACGUCUAUGAAGAGAAGAUAAAUAACAACCAACCAGCACCUGAUAACGUCUUGUCAACUGCUCCACCAUGGCUUCAUGAUAUGGCAGCAGCUGGAAUUUCAUCCACAAGUACCAGGGAUCUGUAUGCUACCGUCACUCACAGUGUCUGUGAUGAGAGGAUGGAAAAUGACCAACUGCAACUGAACAAUGUCUUGUUAACUUUUCCACCAGGGUGUGUUAACAUGGCAGUAGCUGGUUUUCCGGCCAUGAGUCCUAGGGAUCUGUAUGCUACCAUCAAUCACAAUGUCUAUGAAGUGAGGAUGGAAAAUAACCAACCACAAUUUAAUAACGUCUUGUCAACUGUAAAACCAGGGCAUAUUAACAUGGCAGCAGCUGGUAUUCCAGCUAUGAGUACCAAGGAUGCUGUAGUCAAUCUCAAUGUCCAUGGAGAGAAGAUAAAUAAUGGUCAGCCAGCACCUGAUAACUUCUUGUCAUCCGUUACACCAGGGCUUAUUAAUGUGUCAGGAGAUGGUGCUACUGUCACUCACAAUGCCCAUGAAGAGAAGAUGGAAAAUGGCCAAAAAGCAGCUGAUAAUAUCUUGUCAGCUGUUCCACCAGGGCUUAUUAAUACGUCAGAAGCUGGUAUUCCAGCCAUGAGUACCAAUGAUCUGUAUGCUACCAUCACUCACAAUGUCAGCGAAAAGAAGAUAAAAAACAGCCAACCAGCACCUGAUAACUUCCUGUGCACUGUUACACCAGGGCUUAUUAAUUUGGCAGGAGCUGGUAUUCUGGCCACGAGUACGAGGGAGGCUCUAUGACACCACCACACUCACAAUGUCCAUGAAGAGAAGAUGAAAAACAAGCACCUGAUAACUCCUCGUCAACAGUUCCACCGAGGCUUAUUAAUCUGUCAGGAGCUGCUCAACUUUUUCAUUUGGAUUCCAGAUGCUACUGUCAUUCACAAUAUUCAAGAGGAGGAGAUGGAAAAUGGUCAAAUGCCUCCUGAUGGCUUCCUGUCAAAUUCUGCUCCACUAGAGCUUAUAAAUAUGACAGGAGAUCAUAUGCCACCCAACGCAUUGGAUUCUUUCUCUUACGACUUCACUAGUCUCAGCAGAGAGGAGCUGCUUUACAAACAUGAUAGUAAUUAAUUUGGGGUAGGCACCAAAAACUACAGUGUCUCUGAAGGUGACCCACCAGUCACAGCAAUGUCUUCAGUGGAAACUCCACAGAUAUCUCCUGCCAUGGCAAAUAAAAUUAAUCAAGAUAUAAAAUGUCAAUUAAUGAAAGAAGUUCAAAGGUUUGGGCAAAAUUAUGAAAGAAUUUUCAUUUUGCUUGAAGAAGUACAAGGAUCUAUGAAAGUCAAGAGACAAUUUGUUGAAUUUACCAUCAAGGAAGCAGCAAGGUUUUAAAAAGUUGCCUUAAUUCAGCAACUCAAGAAGGUGCUUAAAGAAAUAGAUUCCCACUGCCGUCUCAGAAAAGUUAAGCAUAGGAGAAAAAAAAAUUGUGUUAGUGCAAAGACCAAGGAGAAACAAGGACACAUGCUGUAG